CUCGGUACGAAUCGAUCCGAUAACUGCUUCCCUUCUGUCCUAUCCUCCAUCAUCCGGCGGGCUAUUGAGCGCACUGUGACGCAGGACCGCAGCGAGCCCCAAGCUUUGAAGCACGGAAGCUCCUCCCUGGAGAGAUAGACUAUUUUUUCCAACGCUCUGGCUGUCUACCAAUCUUGCUUACCCACAAACCCCUUCUCCAAUUCUCCGGACCGCCCGCCAUCUAUCAGCACUACAUCCCCUUCAUCACGCUCCUUCUCGAUCUUUGAAGAUGGCCGUCUCCAGCAUCUCUCGUACCGCGCUGCGCCGCGCCAUGUCCACCCAACCUGCCUUCCCCGUGUGGACUCAGAAGACUGCUUUCACUGCGGCAAGGACAUAUGCUACGCCCAGCAAGAACACGAGCUUGAAGGAGACCUUCCGCGCCUCCCUCCCUGAGAAGAUCGAACAGAUCAAGAAGCUCAGGAAAGAGUACGGCAACAAGGUCGUUGGCGAAGUCACCCUCGAUCAGGUCUACGGCGGUGCCCGUGGCAUCAAGUCGCUGGUCUGGGAAGGCUCCGUCCUCGACUCCGAGGAGGGUAUCCGUUUCCGCGGCAAGACCAUUCCUGAGUGCCAGGAGCUCCUUCCCAAGGCACCCGGUGGCUCCGAGCCGCUGCCGGAAGGUCUCUUUUGGCUUCUCCUGACCGGCGAGGUCCCCACCGAGCAGCAAGUCCGCGACCUCUCCGCCGAGUGGGCCGCUCGCAGCGAUGUCCCAUCUUACGUCACGGAGCUUAUCGACCGCUGCCCGAACGACCUGCACCCAAUGGCGCAGUUCUCGCUCGCUGUCACCGCGCUUGAGCACGAGUCCGCCUUCUCCAAGGCCUACGCCAAGGGCAUGAAGAAGGCCGAGUACUGGGAGCACACCUUUGAGGACAGCAUGGACCUCAUUGCAAAGCUGCCCACCAUCGCUGCCCGCAUCUACCGCAACGUGUUCAAAGACGGCAAGGUGCCGGCCACGCAGAAGGACAAGGACUACGGCUACAACCUUGCGAACCAGCUUGGCUUUGCUGACAACUCCGACUUUGUCGAGCUCAUGCGUCUCUACCUCACCAUCCACUCUGACCACGAGGGUGGCAACGUCUCAGCACACACCACGCACCUCGUUGGCUCAGCUCUCUCCUCACCAAUGCUUUCGCUUGCAGCCGGCCUGAACGGUCUCGCAGGCCCUCUCCACGGCCUCGCCAACCAAGAGGUGCUCAAGUGGCUGCAGGAGAUGAAGUCCGAGGUCGGCUCCGAUCUCUCUGACGAGAACAUCACCAAGUACCUCUGGGACACCCUCAAGUCCGGCCGCGUCGUCCCCGGCUACGGCCACGCUGUGCUCCGCAAGACCGAUCCGCGCUACGUCUCCCAGCGUGAGUUCGCGCUCAAGCACUUGCCCGACGACCCAAUGUUCAAGCUUGUCAGCCAGGUCUACAAGAUCGCCCCCGGCGUCCUGACCGAGCACGGCAAGACCAAGAACCCGUACCCGAACGUUGACGCGCACUCUGGUGUUCUCCUCCAAUACUACGGCCUGACCGAGCAGAACUUCUACACCGUCCUCUUCGGUGUGUCGCGUGCUCUCGGCGUGCUUCCGCAGCUCAUCAUCGACCGUGCCGUCGGUGCGCCGAUUGAGCGGCCGAAGUCCUUCAGCACGGAGGCUUGGGCUAAGCUUGUUGGUGCCAAGCUCUGAGUACGCUCGGUUGAGCAACACCACGCGAGCAAAUCCCGCGCAUCGCGGACGAGCUCGGGCCCGGACGUUCGGCUUAUACAACGAGCGCUACAUUUACUCGGCGGCGAUGGAGGCGGGCAGGAGAUGAAAGAGGAGCGAAAGCAGCAGACUACGAGAUGGCAGGCUCAUGGUCUGCCAACGGGCACGAAAAGCGCUUCAUAGGGCUUGUAUUACUGGCUU